UAUACAGUUAUUGAUAUUAGCCGUGAACGCCAUCUUGGAUCUAGAAGGUUUCUAAACGGGGAAAACAGGAAAAGGGACAGGAAAAUAGAUACUUUCGUUCUUAUUUUGUAAUUUCCCCCACUGGCUGAUGAUGAAGAAACACGAGUCAUGACGUCGCCUCUUUAUUUACUGAUAUAGUUAAAAUCGGUAAAUCUGAGAGGAUUGUGGACUGAGGAAAUUUCCGCAGUUUACUGUAACUUGGUUUGUUUAUGUUAUUCAACCCGGACAUGGACUCUUCUAACCCAGACAUACCAGAUGACUCUCUGGGUUUGGGACCCGGUGAGGCCCAGGCAAGCAGCAGUGCUGUUGUGCCAAAAGGGUCCAAUAAGAGACGAGCUGCGCCAGACUUCGAUGAUGAUGAUGAUGAUGAUGGAAGCAAGCUCUUCAGGUGUGAUGACGAUGGAGGAGGAGGAGGAGACAAAGAGCGAUUUGCCAGGGAGAACCACAGUGAGAUUGAGCGGCGGCGGAGGAACAAGAUGACUGCUUACAUCACAGAGCUGUCGGACAUGGUUCCCACCUGCAGCGCGUUGGCACGGAAACCUGAUAAGCUGACCAUCCUGCGCAUGGCCGUGUCCCACAUGAAGUCUCUGAGAGGGAGCGGCAACACUGCAGCAGACGGGACAUACAAACCAUCCUUCCUCACCGACCAGGAGCUGAAGCACCUGAUCCUGGAAGCUGCUGAUGGCUUCCUGUUUGUGGUGUCGUGUGAGAGUGGGCGGGUCGUCUACGUGUCAGACUCCCUGACCCCUGUUCUUAACCAAUCACAGUCCGACUGGCUAGGCUCCUCACUCUACGACCAGCUCCACCCGGACGACGGAGACAAACUACGAGAGCAGCUCUCUACUGCAGAGAGUAACAAUACAGGGAGGAUGUUAGACCUGAAGACAGGAACAGUUAAGAAGGAGGGACAGCAGUCCUCCGUCAGGAUGUGUAUGGGAGCCAGACGAUCCUUCAUAUGUAGGAUGAGAUGUGGUUCGUGUCCAGUGGAGCCCAUGUCUAUGAACAGAUUGAAUUUCCUGCGGAGCAGGAACAGGAAUGGUCUGGGCCCACCCAAGGAUGGAGAGCCUCAGUAUGUGGUGGUCCACUGCACUGGAUACAUCAAGUCCUGGCCCCCCACAGGGGUGAAUCUAACAGAUGAGGAAGCAGACAAUAUUCAGGGGAGUCACUACUGUCUAGUCGCCAUCGGUAGACUUCAGGUGACCUCUUGCCCGAGCGACACAGACAUCAACAGCAUCAGCGUUCCGGUGGAGUUCAUCUCUCGUCACAACUGCCAGGGCCUCUUUACCUUCGUAGACCACCGCAGCAUGGCCACAGUGGGCUACCAGCCUCAGGAACUGUUGGGUAAGAACAUCUUGGAGCUGGCCCACCCUGAGGACCAGGAGCUGCUGAGAGACAGCUUCCAGCAGGUGGUCAAGCUGAAGGGUCAAGUGCUGUCCGUCAUGUUCCGCUUCCUGUCCAAGACCAGAGACUGGCUCUGGAUCAGGACCAGCUCCUUCACCUUCCAGAACCCCUUCUCUGAGGAGAUAGAGUACAUCAUCUGUACCAACGCCAACGUCAAAACCUCGACUCAGGACACCCUCACCCCCCUCUCGUCCUCAGGGGUGUCUUUGCCCCCCUCGCUGGGGGAGAGCAGUCCUAACUUCCCCCCUGUGUCCCACAGCCCAGGGCAGGUGGCUGCCAGACAGUUGCAGCAGCAGCAAGCAGAGUUGGGGGGCGGAGGGAGAGAUGGUCUGUACGAGGCAGGACAGGUUACACUUCCACAGAUGCCUGUCCAGGCCGUGACCGCAGCUGGAACUGACCACAGUAAGACCAUGGACAAGGCAGAGAUGCACCCCUCCAUGUAUCCCAACACAGACCAGGCCAAGUUCCUGUCCUCCACCUCUGCCCCCGGAGUACCCAUCUACCCUCAGGACAACAACAGCUACACCACUGCCAACCGCUCCAACGACACAUACAGCAGGUCAGUAGGGAUGGCCCCUCAGAUAGGGCAGGCAUCCCACUCCGCAGGCCAGGUGCUGGCUCAGAUGUCCCGUCAGAACGGGGCACCCCCCUCCAACAGCAGCCCCCUACAGGGAGGGGCAGCGUUGAGCUGGCCGGGGUCAGCAGCAGGGGCUCGACCCCACUUCAACAACCAGCAGGUGGUGCCCCAGGCAGGGAAGGCCCUGUCUCCCCAGUUUGCCAUGGGGAGUUUUGUUGGGGGCUCUUCCUCCUCAUUUGGGGCGAUGCCCACCACUGCCGCUCCGACCCCCACCAUGGGGGCUAACUACCCAAAUAUCAACCCCCGCGCCAGCCUCAAUACCAACGGAUAUGAUGGCUUGGGGUCGGGGCAGCAGUUCCCCUCCAGGGCAGCGGAGGCAGUGUGGCCCCAGUGGCAGGGCCAGCAGCAAGCUCAGAACAGGGCAGAGCAGCACCCCCACACACAGAACAACCAGCCUGACAUCUUCCCUGAUGUUCUCGCCAUGCUGGACCAGCCGGCCAACUUCAACAACGAUGACUUUGAGAUUCCCAUCUACCCCUCUUUCAACGAGUGACCCCACAUACACUCUUCCACUUACCUCCUCUGUCUCUCAAAUGGCUCCUCUCUCAUUUGGUGCACUUUUGCUCUCUUUCUUCGCCUUUCGUGAUCCAAAGAGAGCAUGUCUAAUUAUCGGUCAGAUGAUUGCACUGCCAGGAUGGAGAAAGCGAGUUAAUCAGGGAAAAGAGAGAGUGAAAUCAAGUAUAGGUAUGCAAAUGCAGGUUCAAUAAACACGUGAAAGGGGGAGAGAGAGAAGAGAUUCAGGGUUCAGCGAUAGUUGGGCAAAUGUAAAAUGACAUCUGUAGCGAGCACUGCCCAAGCUCCACAGCCAGUGGAUUUGUUGUAGAGGCCCUGAGGCCCUGAGGCAGGCACUGCUUCACCAGUAACACACAAUCCCACCUGAGCAUGUACAAGGCCCUGAGGCAGGCACUGCUUCACCAGUAACACACAAUCCCACCUGAGCAUGUACAAGGCCCUGAGGCAGGCACUGCUUCACCAGUAACACACAAUCCCACCUGAGCAUGUACAAGGCCCUGAGGCAGGCACUGCUUCACCAGUAACACACAAUCCCACCUGAGCAUGUACAAGGCCCUGAGGCAGGCACUGCUUCACCAGUAACACACAAUCCCACCUGAGCAUGCACAAGACCCUGAGGCAGGCACUGCUUCACCAGUAACACACAAACAUGGCCUUUCACAGUCAGCUGUGUGUUUAGAUCUAUGCUGCUCCACUGGUCUGUACAUCAUAUGGAUAGAUCAGUCCAAUCAUUCACUUGAAGUCUCAGGCAAUCCAGGUGAUCUACAGCUUUGGGGGAAUAUAUAUAUUGGAAUAUUCUGAUCUGAAGCCUGUGAAUAUCCUCUAUCUGCUCCCCUCGCUGUUUUAGCUUAGCGACCCGUAGCAUGUUCAAAAGGACACUGUCCUCACGCAGGCAGAUUUAUACGAACACUGUACAAACACUUUUAUAUUUGUACAUUGACGAUGUCACCUAUGAAUGUGGUUAUGUUGGUUUCAGGUGGAAAAGAGGGAGAGAUGUCUAUGACUAGUGAGGGAGAGAGAUGUCUAUGACUAGUGAGGGAGAGAGAUGUCUAUGACUAGUGAGGGAGAGAGAUGUCUAUGACUAGUGAGGGAGAGAGAGAUGUCUAUGACUAGUGAGGGAGAGAGAGAUGUCUAUGACUAGUGAGGGAGAGAGAGAUGUCUAUGACUAGUGAGGGAGAGAGAUGUCUAUGACUAGUGAGGGAGAGAGAGAUGUCUAUGACUAGUGAGGGAGAGAGAGAUGUCUAUGACUAGUGAGGGAGAGAGAGAUGUCUAUGACUAGUGAGGGAGAGAGAGAUGUCUAUGACUAGUGAGGGAGAGAGAUGUCUAUGACUAGUGAGGGAGAGAGAUGUCUAUGACUAGUGAGGGAGGGAGAUGUCUAUGACUAGUGAGGGAGAGAGAUGUCUAUGACUAGUGAGGGAGAGAGAUGUCUAUGACUAGUGAGGGAGAGAGAUGUCUAUGACUAGUGAGGGAGAGAGAGAUGUCUAUGACUAGUGAGGGAGAGAGAUGUCUAUGACUAGUGAGGGAGAGAGAUGUCUAUGACUAGUGAGGGAGAGAGAUGUCUAUGACUAGUGAGGGAGAGAGAUGUCUAUGACUAGUGAGGGAGAGAGAGAUGUCUAUGACUAGUGAGGGAGAGAGAUGUCUAUGACUAGUAAAGGGAAGAGAGGGAUAUGAAACUACAACCUGAUGUAUUCCUACAUAUACCCAGUAUAUGUCAAGUGUUUAUAUACGGUUAUAUGUCUACUGGAGGUGUUUGUAUAACUUUAUUGAUCUCAACCUGAAUGCACAGCAAUCCCAGGGUCCCUUUCUCACUCGUUUGUAUUCCUUCCUCUGUUGCCUAGGGUUACCCAGCACACUCUUCCUCCUCUCACGCUCUUCCUCAAUCACCCUCCCAAGUGUGUUUUUUUUCUACUUACACUAGGAAAAGGAAAAUGAAAAAAGGACAUUGGAAAGCAAUAAUUUACAAGCAGGAAUUGUGUUAUUUUUUAAAGCCAUUCUUUAUUGUUGUCCUACAUGUUUUUAUCUUGAUUAUUGUUCUUAAAUAUGGAAAUACACAGGAAAUAGUAAUGAUUUGAUUUACUGAAAUUUUCCCCAACUGAUGUUUUUAUUUUCUGGCCUUUUGAUUGGCUCUUCCUGUUUUGUAACCAUCUCCAUUGCUACUUCGUGAUAAGUUGUUUUUGAUGUAUAUUGAUCAGGGCAUCUUGUUCUGGAAUCAUGCCAUGAUGUUUGGCCUGAAAUUCAAGUCAUCCUAAUUAUGUUCCAAACACAUGACCCAAUAAUCAAUUAAGCAGUAAUUCUGAUUGUGAGUUUGGCAAUUAUUACACUUUGUCUUUUUUGCAGUAGAUUCAAUCAAAGUUUAUCCUUAUCGAGAUAGUUUGACAUUCAUAAAUAUGAUCUGAAUCAAACAUUUGUUUUCUGAAAUCGAUUGUGAUGUUUAGUAAGUCACUAUAACACUCUUAUACAGGAAAUUAAGAAUUCUGAUUGGGCAACAGAGGGCUGUGAAUUUUAAGGUUCUGAAAUACAAAAAUUGUUAUUGUGUAGGCCUUUCAUUUUAAGUCUGAUAAUGUAUACAUGUCUGUGAGCGUAAUUCACAGACAUGCCGAAACAUGUGAAUUGUAUGUAAACCCAUCAUGUGUCAAUAGUCACACGAUGAAAAUGGCAGUUUGAUGACUGUGUUGUCUUGUUAUUGUUAUAAACCACUUUGGUUGUUCCCUGUCCAGGUUUUUACAAUGAUGUGAGCUGCAGUUUAUAUAGCGCACACAGAUACACAAAUAUAGGAAUGUAUAUGAAAUGUUAAACAAGAGAAAGUGAAAUGUUUGGUUUUUCUAUUAAAUUGUUAUAUUGUCAAGAA